UUUCCUGUAGCAAACCCUAUCUCCCACCUCUCUUCUUCCUCCUCUCUCCUCUCAUCUCUUUUUAUCUUUCCUUAUUUUCUGUCUUUUUCUUAAUGCACGCAGCAAAGCUAAACAAAUUUGAAUCAGAUCCUGACUCACAUAUAACAUCAAAGUAUUAAUAGCUAGACAAAGUGGAUCUAAAACAUGGGAAGAGGCCACUGGCUUCGGUUGAAUCGGAGGAGAAAGAGGAAGAUCAAAUAUUUCCUGUUUACUCAGCUCGAUCUCAGCAAGACACUUCUGCCAUGGUUUCAGCUCUAGCUCAGGUGAUCGGAAAUAAUAGUGACCAAAUUAAUAACCCACUUGAUCAAGUGCAAGGAAUAACUUCGUUAAUCACCUCACAGUCUAGUCCUACCGAGACUCAAUCUCAACCAGUACUACUUCAAGAUCAAGGGAAUUUGAGGAGACAACACUAUAGAGGAGUGAGGCGGAGACCAUGGGGAAAGUGGGCGGCGGAGAUUCGAGAUCCGAAUAAGGCCGCCCGAGUGUGGCUCGGCACUUUCAACACAGCCGAGGCUGCAGCUCUAGCUUAUGAUGGAGCUGCUCUCAGGUUCAAAGGAAGCAAAGCUAAGCUCAACUUCCCCGAAAGAGUAGUUCAAGGGAGCUCUGAGUCAGGUUGUCUCACAAUAACUACUCAAUUACACAGCUUGAAUAAUAUUCCUCCUCAGGCUAAUAUUUCUCGACCAACAUAUUCCAAUGUAUUCGAUUAUGCACGAUAUAAUAAUGUCACAUCUACGUCGUCGUCCUCCAUGCCAUCUCAACAAGCUGCAGAGCUCCAAAGCUUUUCGAUGCAGUUUGGUUCUUCUUCAAGUUCGAGUUCGGUUCCUCCUUGUAAGUAUAGGAAAGACUUUGACGGAAGUCACUCAAGAUGAUGAAUAGUGAACUAAUCACUAGCGUGAACGCUUGGAGAGACUGAACGAUUAAGGAGAGUAAAUGGCUCAUAUAAUUUUGAUGUAUGUGUGUUUUUCUUUCGUUUUUUUUAUUUUUGUUUAAUUUCUUCUGGACUAUAACAACUUUCAAUUUUUAUCACAGUUCACUUCAGUUUGCA